AUGGGCGAUGCAGGGCUGGUUAGUUUGAAAUCUGGUAUAAAUACUUAUAACCUGAAGCAGAGGAUAUAUUCUUCGACCGAUUGCAGUAUUUAUACAGCUACAGACAAGAACUGUAAUAAUUGCGUUGUGAAGAUGAUUACCUCGUGCUCGGGACGGCUAAAUAGUCGUGGCGUAGGUCAAUUCGAGCAGAAGUCAUUCGAUUCAUGUUUGGUAGAUAAGUUUGAGUUUGAUGGGAAGACGUGUUUCGUGUAUAAGAAGAUUGAGCAAGAAUAUACUGCGAACGACUAUUUUAGUUACUCGGUAGGAAGUAAAAAUUAUGAGGAAAAGCCUCGAUUAACGCAGAGCAGCGGUAGGGCAAGUGAGUUAUUGGAGAAAAAUGGUUACGAAAGUGUGGGUUACCAUACGUUAGGGGGUGGUGUUAUUUCGAGAUUACCUCUUCCCAGUUGUAAUAGAGGUACUACUAGGAAGGAAAUAGAUAUUUCUAGGGAAGUGAAUAAGCAAGACGACUGUGUCGUAUCAGCUGAAAAGGAGCAUAUCUUUGGCCCAGUGUUUAAUGUUGCUGGCGAUGUAACUGAUGUCAAGGAUUCGAAGGUUGCCAAUAGUGGCGAAGUACCAACGCUUGGGUCAGUUAUAUCGCCAGAAGCUCCUAGGACAAGCCGGUGUUUAGCAACUCAGUUGCAGUCUGGGCCUGUAUAUGAAAAUGAUGUAAUUCUAAUACAUCCCUUUCAUAUACAGGAUAAGGGCCUCAGCAGGCUUCCUAGGACUCCUGCUCCUAAGAUCCAGCAAGACACCCCAGAUGUCGAUGUUAGUAGCAGCGAAUAUGACUCCGACGAGGAUUCUGUUAGCUGCGGUAGAAACGGCGAAAGAAGGCGUUCCGUCAACUCACAAGAUUUGCGCUCAAGUCAAAAUGAUGACGACGACGAGGACGAUGACGACGAGGACGAGGAGGAUGACGAAGAUGACGAAGAUGACGAAGAUGAGGGUGGUUAUGAAAAUGACUUAAUUCUUGACCAUUCACAACCUAAUUUUUUAUCUCCAUGCGUAUUCUUGAACGAGUUUCCUCAUAAGAGGCCCAGAGAGGCGUCCUUUAUUCCAACUCAUAGUACUCAUGCCUUUGGCGAGACCUCUCCCUGCUCUACACAUUCUUCCAAGAAGUCCAGCAUCAUGUCAGCAGUAUCUGAUGUUUCACUUCCAACAGGACUGGUAAAUAUGGAUAUAACCUGUUGUCCGGCACAACCUUUCAGCUUACAAAGGAAUAGGGAGGGUUCUCUUGUAUUUCCGCCAUGCAGUUCAAAGUAG